AUGCGAAGGCAUGUUCGGAAACGUCCUGAAGACUGGCUUCUGAGGUCGGGUGUCCUGAGACGUUUGGGGAUGAACGUGUGCUCCCCUCCCUCUGAUGGUGACUGGAAAAAAGACUUCGAUGUGGACAACCUCAGUAAAUCAGAGCUUCGGAUGCUCCUCAGCGUGAUGGAAGGGGAGCUGGAGGCCAGAGACCUCGUCAUCGAGGCCCUGCGGGCUCGCAGGAAGGAGGUAUUUAUCCAGGAACGGUAUGGGAGAUUUAAUUUAAAUGACCCAUUCCUGGCACUGCAGAGAGACUAUGAAGCAGGUGCUGGCGAUAAAGAGAAGAAGCCAGUUUGUACCAACCCCCUCUCCAUCCUCGAAGCAGUCAUGGCCCACUGCAGAAAAAUGCAAGAAAGGAUGUCCACACAACUGGCUGCUGCAGAGAGCAGACAAAAGAAGCUGGAGAUGGAAAAGCUUCAGCUCCAAGCCCUUGAGCAAGAGCACAAGAAGCUGGCCACCCGCCUGGAGGAGGAGCGAGGCAAGAACAAGCACGUGGUCCUGAUGCUGGUCAAGGAGUGCAAGCAGCUCUCAGGCAAAGUCCUAGAGGAGGCCCAGAAGCUAGAAGAGGUGAUGGCCAAACUGGAAGAGGAGAAGAAAAAGACGAGUGCGUUAGAAGAGGAACUCGCUGCUGAGAAACGAAGAAGCACAGAAAUGGAAGCUCAGAUGGAAAAACAGCUCUCAGAGUUUGACACAGAGCGGGAACAGCUUCGUGCCAAGCUGCACCGAGAAGAAGCACACACCACUGACCUCAAAGAGGAGAUAGACAAGAUGAAGAAGAUGAUCGAGCAACUGAAAAGGGGAAACGACAGCAAACCCAGCCUCUCUCUCCCCCGGAAGACAAAAGAUAGACGUUUGGUCUCUAUAUCUGUGGGAACAGAGGGACUGAUGACAAGAUCUGUUGCAUGCCAGACAGACUUAGCGAUAGAGAGCACUGACCCCGUGAAGAAGUCACCUUUGACCGUGCCUGUAAAGCCUGCCAUGGGGAGCCCCCUAGUUUCUGCCAAUGCGAAGGGGAAUGCGUGUGCCAGUGCCGACUUGGUCAGGCCAGGUAUCGACAGGCAGGCUUCCCACGGUGACUUGACUGGUUCCUCUCUGCCCACUGUCCCACCUCCAAGCGCAAACAGAAUUGAGGAAAAUGGACCGAGCAGCGGCUCAACACCAGAUUUAACCAGUAGCGCAUCCCCGCUUCCCAGCACCGCCGCCCCGGCCGCUGGGCACACGCCCGCCCCACCUCCUCACAGUUUACAUUCACCGUGUGCCAACGCGCCUCUGCAUCCAGGCCUGAACCCGCGAAUCCAAGCGGCUCGGUUUCGAUUUCAGGGCAAUGCUAAUGACCCAGACCAAAACGGGAACACCACCCAAAGUCCUCCAUCCAGAGAUGUAUCUCCUACAAGUCGUGACAACCUAGUGGCCAAACAGCUAGCUCGGAAUACUGUGACCCAAGCACUGUCAAGAUUUACGAGCCCUCCAGCAGGAGCGCCCCCGAGACCUGGAGUGCCCCCCACGGGGGACGUUGGCACCUACCCCCCCGUCGGUCGGACCAGUUUAAAGACUCCCGGUGCCGCACGAGUUGACAGAGGAAACCCUCCUCCCAUCCCUCCCAAAAAGCCAGGGCUCUCCCACACUCCUUCUCCACCGCACCCGCAACUCAAGGUUGUCAUGGAUAGCAGCAGGGCCUCCAAUGCAGGGGCCAAAGUUGAUAACAAAACUGUGGCUUCGCCUCCUUCCAGUUUGCCACAAGGGAACAGGGUAAUAAGUGAGGAGAAUCUCCUUAAGUCUUCCUCCCCUCAGCUGCCACCAAAACCAUCCAUAGAUUUAACUGUGGCACCUGCAGGCUGUGCCGUUUCAGCCCUGGCCACGUCUCAGGUGGGUGCCUGGCCUGCUGAAACCCCUGGACUGAACCAACCUGCAUGUUCAGAAAGUUCCCUUGUCAUUCCCACCACCAUUGCCUUUCGCUCUUCCAUAAACCCUGUUAGUGCCUCAUCCUGUAGAGCAGGUGCCUCAGACAGCCUCCUGGUAACAGCAUCAGGUAAAGGGAUUGGAAUGUUAUACCCUUCUUUAAGAAUGUGGCCUGUCCUCUCACUUGCCUUUGUUUCCUUCACAUUGCCUUGAAACGUUUUUUUUAAUUUGGUACUUUUUUUUUUCCUAUUUCUUUCCUCUCUUUUUUUGUGUUUUGCUCUAAAGGCUCCGGGGUAUGGUGAUUCAUCUUGCUAUAUGAAUUGUGGUUUUGUUAUGCUAAGUGUUGUCUUCUUUUAAAAAUAACCUGAAAGUAGUGGUUUGGAGCACAUGGAGACCAUUAAUUUAGAGAGACUGAAGCAUUUCCAUGGGAGGAAGGGCUCGUCCUUCUUAUUAAAUAUCUGUCUCAGAAGACUUCAGUAUUAGUGAGCCAUCGCCAGACAGUCAGUUCUGUCCCUUCUGAGAUGACAUUUGAAAGAAUGCUUUCAAGUAGUUAUUGACACUACAGUCAACCUUGGAUUAUCAAAUUGAUUAGAGGUGUUCUGUAAUUGGUAUAUCCUAAGUUUUAAUAUCAGUUUGGUGUUUAUUUUUUUUAACCUCAA